CAGAGUCCUUACACAGCUUCGAAGCCACCACAUACAGAUAGGCGCUAGUUACGUGGAGUAAAAACACUGCCAUACAGUGAGGCAGUUGAGCGGGCAGCUUCUGCUGGGGGCCUUGUGAUGCAGCGACAGGCAGCUUCGUAGACAGCUCGGGUUGCAGGCCCCUAGGUCCUCCUGGCGCUGAGAGAGUUGAGGAGAGAGGAGCGUGGUGUAGCCGUGCAGCGGCGGCAUGGAUGACGAGGAGGAGACGUACCGGCUAUGGAAGAUCCGGAAGACCAUCAUGCAGUUGUGCCAUGAUCGAGGUUACCUUGUGACACAAGAUGAGCUGGAUCAGACAUUGGAUGAAUUCAAAGGACAAUUUGGGGACAAACCAAGUGAAGGGCGACCCCGUCGAACUGAUCUUACUGUUUUGGUUGCGCACAAUGAUGAUCCCACUGACCAGAUGUUUGUGUUUUUUCCCGAGGAACCAAAGGUUGGCAUAAAGACCAUAAAGAUGUACUGCCAGAGAAUGCAGGAAGAAAACAUCACCAGAGCCAUUAUAGUGGUGCAGCAAGGAAUGACGCCAUCUGCUAAGCAGCUUGUUCCUGAGCAUGUGGUGAUGACAAAGGAUGAAGUCACAGAGCUGUUGGCAAGAUAUAAACUGCGAGAAUCCCAGCUCCCUCGAAUCCAAGCCGGAGACCCUGUGGCAAGAUAUUUUGGGUUAAAGAGAGGUCAGGUGGUGAAGAUCAUCCGUCCCAGUGAGACUGCCGGCCGCUACAUUACAUAUCGCUUGGUGCAGUGAUGUGUUCUGUGGCAUCAUGGAUAUCGUAACAUGAAUAAGGGAGCAAGCGAGGUGCACAGCGUUUCUAGAAAGUGACACAUCAGUGUUGGGCAUAAACGGACAAUGACUAGGCCCUAUUCUGGUUUUGUUUAUAUAAAGCAUACCCUGCUAAAUGCCAAUGUCAUACUUUGUCAUUAGCAUAAUUUACUUUUUGUACCUUUUUAUUUUACUCAUUUAUUUAUAUAAUUGGGACAGGUGCUGCAUAUUUAGCUUUUAUAAAGUGAUUUUCUGGCCCUGACCCUCCCCCAAAAGAUUUAAAGUAAAUAAAUGUUUUGAGACUCA